AUGGAUGAAAACUACGACGUAAUUGUUCUUGGUUUAACUGAAUGUGUUCUCUCCGGAUUGCUCUCCGUUGACGGUAAGAAGGUCUUGCACAUUGACAAACAGUCGUUCUACGGAGGAGAGAGUGCUUCCCUGAAUUUAACCCAACUGUAUGAAAAAUUCAAGCCAAACAAGACGUUUGAUCCUUCUCUAGGAAAGGAUAGAGAUUGGUGUGUUGAUUUGAUUCCUAAGUUCCUUAUGGCCAACGGUGAGCUCACCAACAUCUUGGUCCACACCGAAGUCACCAGAUACAUAGAGUUCAAGCAGAUCUCUGGAUCUUACGUUUACCGUGAUGGAAGGAUCUCUAAGGUUCCAGCAACCCAAAUGGAAGCGGUUUCUUCUUCUCUUAUGGGGUUCUUUGAGAAGAGAAGAAUGAGAAACUUCUUGGAAUUCAUCGCCAACUACAAGGAGGACGAUGUUUCGACUCAACACGGAAUAGACCUGGACAAGAACACUAUGGCAGAGAUAUACUAUAAGUACGGGUUGGAGUCGGGAACCAAGGACUUCAUCGGUCAUGCCAUGGCGUUGUGGUCUACAGAUGACUACCUGGAACAACCUGCUAGGGAGACCUACGAAAGAAUUGUGUUGUAUGUUGGUUCUGUCGCCAGGUACGGUAAGUCUCCAUAUAUCUAUCCUCUUUAUGGACUGGGUGAGUUGCCUCAGGGUUUUGCCCGGUUGUCGGCUAUCUACGGUGGUACCUACAUGUUGGACACUCCAAUCGAUGAGGUGCUUUACGAAGAAGUUGAUGGAGUCAAGAAGUUUGCUGGUGUCAAGACGAAAGAGGGAACUGCAAAGGCACCUAUUGUGAUUGCGGACCCAACGUAUUUCCCAGAGAAGGUCAAACCUUUGGGUCAAAGGGUCAUCCGGGCAAUGUGUAUUCUUGAUCACCCAAUUCCAGGUACUCAUGAUCUGGACUCUCUUCAAAUCAUCAUUCCCCAGAAGCAGGUGGGUCGCAAGAAUGACAUUUACAUCGCUGUGAUUUCGAGUGCCCACAAUGUGUGUGCCAAGGGUUACUACCUGGCCAUCAUAUCCACUAUCGUCGAGACAGACAGACCCCACGUGGAGCUGGAGCCUGCUUUCAAAAUCAUCGGAAAGACCGUGGAUGUGUUGAUGGGUAUUGCAGAGUUGUAUGAGCCUCUUGAAGACGGUUCCAAGGAUGGAAUCUUUCUUUCCAAGUCCUACGACCCAUCGUCCCAUUUCGAGACAACUACUGAUGACGUUAAGGAUAUCUACAAGCGUGUCACUGGUCACGACCUCGUGUUGAAGAAGAGGGCUACCGCCGAAGAGGAGGCCGAAUUAGCUGGUUUAUAG